UUUCGUCUGGUGGCUUUUGGGAAAAGCACAAACCCUUCACAAACUGUUCCAUCAAUCCAUAUUCCAUUUCCAAUCUUCAGCAUCUCUGUUUUGAACGGCUGAGAAUUUCAAUAAAUUUUAAGCCCCGGAAAAUUUCCAACUUCUGCUAAAUCCUUCUCUAAUGUUCAUUGUGUUCAUGGAAUGGACAUCACAAACUCGAUGCAACAAAACCAGGAGAAUAAUGGGUUCUUUGAAGAUCAGUGAUUACGCUUUGAAAUGGCAGUCACUCGCUGCUCCGCCGUGCCGCUCCUCCCUCUUCGACUUGGCUCCCUGCUUUCCCGACUUCCCUCAAAUUCUCGUUAGUGAUUCCGUAUCAACAAUGUUCUUGUGGAGAGCUCUCGAAUUGGCCGGAUGUUUGAAUGAACUCCGUAUUUCUGGUUUAUUACACAUAUCAAUCGAAUGUGGGGAAAGAGGAGCAACCAAUGCCAUACCUUUUAUACUUACAAGGAGGACCCGGGUUCGAGUGCCCCCGACCAACCGAAGCCAGUGGAUGGAUACAAAAAGCAUGUGAAGAAUUUCGUGUUAUAUUGAUGGAUGAGCGAGGAACAGGAUUAUCAACUCCCUUGACUCCAUCGUCCAUGUCACAAUUUCAAACCGCAGAGGAUUUAGCCAAUUAUUUGAAACAUUUUCGAGCUGAUAACAUAGUUAAUGAUGCUGAAUUUAUUAGGAUUCGUCUUGUUCCUGAUGCUGCUCCUUGGACCAUUUUGGGUCAGAGCUAUGGGGGUUUUUGUGCACUUACGUAUUUGAGCUUUGCACCACAAGGACUGAAACAAGUCCUUAUAAGUGGUGGAAUCCCUCCAAUUGGGAAUGGAUGCAUGGCAGAUUCUGUAUAUAGAGCAGGCCUUGAACAGGUUCUAAUCCAAAAUGAAAAGUACUACAAGAGAUACCCUCAGGAUGUUGAAUCAGUCCAGGAAGUUGUGAAAUACUUGGAAGAGAAUGGCGGCGGGGUUCCUCUUCCCUCUGGUGGUAUCUUGACACCCAGAGGACUGCAAACUCUUGGUCUUUCUGCUUUGGGGUUCAGCACUGGUUUUGAGCGCUUGCACUAUCUGUUUGAGAGAGUAUGGGAUCCUAUAAUAGUGCCUGGAGCACCGAAACGAAUCAGUUUUUUCUUCCUCAACGAGAUUGAUAACUGGAUACCAUUCGGUUCGAAUCCUCUUUAUGCUCUCUUGAAUGAAUCUGUUUACUGCCAGGGCGCCUCAUCUCGUUGGUCUGCUGAAAGAAUAAGGAAUGAAGUGGGUAGCAAAUUUGAUGCAAAUAAGGCUGUAAAGGAUGGAUUUCCUGUGUAUUUCACUGGAGAGAUGAUCUUCCCGUGGAUGUUUGACGAGAUUCAUGCCUUGAAACCGUUCAAAGACGUGGCUAAUAUAUUGGCUAAUAAGGAGGAUUGGCCUCCUCUAUAUGACAUUGCUGCUCUUAAAAAUAACAAGGUUCCGGUCGCAGCUGCGGUAUAUUACGAAGAUAUGUUUGUCAACUUGAAGCUGGCCAUGGAGACAGCUUCCCAAAUAGCAGGAACAAGGCUGUGGAUUACUAAUGAAUUAAUGCAUUCUGGUCUGCGUGAUGCGGGGCCCCAAGUUGUGGAUCAGUUGAUGGGAUUGUUAGAUGGAAAGAAGCCUUUAUUCUAAGGCUUUCUUUCAUCUUUCUUUGUGUUUGGUUGAGUUCUUGUUUAAUAUUAAUUUUAAACAGAAUAAAAAUAUUAAUGUUGUUGUUAAUUGUUAUUAUCAAUAAUUGAGCUAAACGUUUAUAUUUAU